UUUGUUUUCCCCGGCCACUGUGAUGGCAGGAAACUUCCCGGAGGGAUGGGCUCAGGCCGGGCUUGUGCUGCGCCGGGCUCCGCAGGGCUCCGGUCACAUCGUGAGGUUAUUUGGGAGAACAAUAAUUAGCUGAAUAAAACAGCACAAGAUGACUUAUGAUUCCUGCUCUUCAUGGCAGCCUAUCUGGAUUGUCCCUGCAGAAUGCUACAGCUUCCUUUCCUUCAUGGUGUUCUCAGCUUGUGGAAUCAUAAACCUCAGUGGAACUUUGGAUGGAAAUACUGACAUGAACUUAAGAACUUUGAUGCUUUCAAACCUUGAAUUUUGAUUGUUACAUGACCAGUUCAAAAUACUGCCUGAACAAGAUGAAAUGCCUUGAAGACCUUUGGUUCUGUUUUCAUUUUUCCUGAAGCAAUGGUUUUCUCAGCAAUGUUGACACUGGCCCACUCUGGGACCUCAAAUACUACUUUCAUUGUUUAUGAAAAUGCCUAUACGAAUUUUACCACUCCCCAGUUCUUGCUUCACAGUGGCACAACACAGCCAUUGAGAUAUAGUUCAGGUGCUGUGCUCACCACUGAGAGAACUACUUUCCUGGUAAACACCACAGCUAUCCUGCCAUCACAAGAAGUUUUCAGGAGCUUGAGUUUGCCACUUCAGAUCAUUCUUUCUGCUGCUAUGAUAUUUAUCCUAUUGGUUUCUUUCCUUGGAAACUUUGUUGUCUGCCUGAUGGUCUACCAGAAGGCAGCUAUGCGAUCUGCAAUUAAUAUCCUCUUAGCAAGCCUGGCUUUUGCAGACCUGCUGCUGGCAGUGCUGAACAUGCCAUUUGCUCUGAUAACAAUCAUUACCACUCAGUGGAUUUUUGGGGAUAUAUUUUGCAGAGUUUCUGCCAUGUUCUUCUGGCUUUUUGUCAUAGAGGGGGUAGCCAUUCUUCUUAUUAUUAGUAUUGACCGAUUUCUUAUCAUAGUUCAGAGGCAAGACAAACUGAACCCCUACCGUGCAAAGAUUCUUAUUGUGAUUUCCUGGGCAGCAUCCUUUGUUGUUGCGUUUCCGUUAUCAGUAGGGAAUCCUAACCUGCAAAUACCUUCGAGAGCACCUCAGUGUGUUUUUGGCUACUCUACAAGCCCAGGUUACCGAGCCUACGUGAUAAUUAUCUUGCUAAUUUCUUUUUUUAUUCCAUUCCUGGUAAUGCUGUAUUCUUUUAUGGGCAUACUCAACACUGUCCGCCACAACGCGGUUCGUAUCCAUAGCCACCCUGAUAGCAUAUGUCUCAGCCAGGCCAGCAAACUUGGUCUCAUGAGCUUACAGAGACCUUUUCAGAUGAAUAUUGAUAUGAGCUUUAAAACUCGUGCCUUCACAACCAUCUUGAUUUUGUUCCUUGUCUUCAUAGUCUGUUGGGCACCAUUCACCACUUACAGCCUUAUUGCCACGUUCAACAGCCACUUCUACUACAAGCACAACUUUUUUGAGAUAAGCACUUGGCUCCUUUGGCUCUGCUACCUCAAGUCUGCACUGAACCCGCUGAUUUACUACUGGAGGAUUAAGAAGUUUCAUGAUGCAUGCUUAGACUUGAUGCCCAGAUUUUUCAAGUUCUUGCCACAGCUCCCUGGCCACACAAGGCGGCGCAUCCGGCCCAGUGCCAUCUACGUGUGUGGGGAGCAUCGCUCGGUUGUUUGAAACUGCGGUGGUUUUGACAAUGAUUGUUGUGUGCUGGGGUCAUUUGUUUUUAGGUUUUAGGCUGAAUCUUGUUUCAUUUGGCUUUUUCAGUGUGGCCAUAUCUUAUAACUUAAUUAAAUUUUCAGUACUCUGUGCAAUUUUGGGAAGAUAGAGGGAGGGAGCGGGAUUGGCUAUAGUUGGGUUUACUACUAGAAUACAAUGUAACCAGAAUAACAAAUGUUACCUCUAGGAUUCCAUGGAAAUCCAUUCUUUUAAUGAAAACUGUAUUUGGAACAUCUUAUCAGAUUCAUGCUUACUAGGCCUACAAUUUUAUCUAAUUGUAGGAACCUUUUUUUAUGCUGCUAAGAUACGGUGUAUUUUGUUGGUGUAAUUUUUUUAAAAAACUGUUGCUGCUGUCUACCCAUAUAUUAGAGCCAAAAAGUCUCAUUAGAUUAUUUCUAUCUAAUUUAAUGAUAUUUCAGAAGUUUUCAUGGUAACAUUAAAAACCUUUUUUUUUUUUAAUAUUUCCAUUAAUAUUUUGUGCACUUUACAAAAUUUACUAUAUAGUUUGUUGAU